AUGGCCUCCCCUUCCCACGCCGACACGGGCUUCCUUCCGGCGCCUGACACCAUGUCAAACACCACCAACCACUCGGGCGAACCGGUCAAGCGGGACACCGGCCCAGCCGACGGGACUGUCGUCGUCGUCGUCCCAUCAAAUACCACGGUGGUCUCUGGUGCCACGGCCAGCAGGGGCCGUCCCUCGCCCGGAUCAGAGAGGCGGUCGCGGAGGAGCAUGGUCGGCAAGGAUACGACCCGCUCAAGCGAUGGAAGGAGGAGACGUUCAAAGAUGGGCCCUGGCAUGGCUUUGGGCCGCGGAAGGACUGAUGGGGAGCUCUCCAUGGUCGCCGGAGCUUGUUUUGUCUCUCGCGGCGGCUCACUGGCCAUCACGAUUAUAGAGGUGGACUUACAUGGUAUAUUAGUGGGCACCCUAUACCCUCCCCACACUUUUGUCCGCCCACGUACGUCAGCGCACCUCACAGUGGAUAGGUAUUACUUUCUUCCCAAUACAUACCAACUUGAACCCGCUUUGCAACAGCCUUACCAAGAAAUGAUAUUAUCCAUGAUAUCUUGGGUCUUUGUGGACUGUAAAAGAAUUUUGUGA